AUGAAGAGAUACGACGCCCAAGGCGACUCAUCAAACCGAAUUGGGUCUCACAGCUCCAGGGCUUUGGAGUCUGUAGGUGUCAUGGCAGGGAGCAUGGCAGCAGGCAGGCGGGCAUGGCUGAUGUUGGAGCAACAUGAUGAUGUCCACAAGUGCAAGGCAGAGAGAGAGUUAUCUAGGAAUGUUACUCCUGGGAGUGCACAGGAUGUCAGCUGUCCCCUUGGUUCCUUCCCCUGUGGGAACAUCACCAAGUGCUUGCCCCAGCUGCUUCACUGCAACGGUGUGGACGACUGUGGUAACCGAGCGGACGAAGAAAACUGCGGAGACAACAAUGGCUGGUCUCUACAAUUCGACAAGUACUUUUCCAAUAUCUCCAAACUGACUCCACUACCCCCUUCUGAAUGCUUGGUUGGCUCUGUGCCCAAGCACUGUAUGUGCCGAGAUCUAGAGAUUGACUGUGAUGGAGCCAAUUUACGCGCUGUCCCGUCAGUUUCUGCCAAUGUGACUGUAAUGUCCCUGAAGCGGAACUUCAUAAGAACGCUCCCUCCCAACGGCUUCAGGAAGUACCGUGAGCUCGAAAAGCUGUGCCUGCAAAACAAUAAGAUUCGCUUCGUGUCCGUCUCGGCUUUCAGAGGACUGCGCAGCCUCACCAAACUGUAUCUCAGCCAUAACAGAAUAACCUUCCUGAAGCCGGGAGUGUUUGAAGAGCUGCACAGGCUGGAAUGGCUGAUAAUCGAAGACAAUCACCUCAGCCGAAUCUCCCCACUCACGUUUUAUGGACUGAAUUCUCUUAUUCUCUUAGUGCUGAUGGAUAAUGUCCUCACCCGUUUGCCGGACAAACCCCUCUGUCAGCACAUGCCCCGGCUACACUGGCUGGACUUUGAAGGCAACCAUAUCCAUAAUCUAAGAAAUUUGACUUUUAUCGCCUGCAAUAAUUUAACUGUUUUGGUAAUGAGGAAAAACAAAAUUAAUCACUUAAAUGAACAUGCAUUUACACACCUCCAGAAACUAGAUGAAUUGGACUUGGGAAGCAAUCGGAUUGAAAACCUUCCACCGAACAUCUUUAAGGAUCUAAAGGAGCUGACACAAUUGAAUAUUUCCUAUAAUCCAAUCCAGAAAAUUCAAGUAAAUCAAUUUGAUUAUCUUGCCAAACUCAAGUCUCUCAGCCUAGAGGGAAUUGAGAUCACAAAUAUCCAGCAGAGGAUGUUUAGGCCUCUCGUGAAUCUCUCUCACAUCUAUUUUAAGAGAUUUCAGUACUGUGGCUAUGCCCCUCACGUGCGCAGCUGUAAGCCCAACACGGAUGGAAUUUCGUCUCUGGAGAACCUCUUGGCAAACAUCAUUCAGAGAGUCUUUGUCUGGGUUGUGUCUGCAGUUACCUGCUUUGGAAACAUUUUUGUCAUUUGCAUGCGACCCUACAUCAGGUCUGAGAACAAGCUGCAUGCUUUGUCCAUCAUUUCUCUCUGCUGUGCUGACUGCCUAAUGGGAGUAUAUUUAUUCGUGAUCGGAGCCUUUGACCUCAAGUUUCGGGGUGAAUAUAACCAACAUGCGCAGCCAUGGAUGGAGAGCGCUCAUUGCCAGCUUAUGGGGUCUUUGGCCAUUCUAUCCACGGAAGUAUCCGUUCUGCUUUUAACAUUCCUAACAUUGGAAAAGUACAUCUGCAUCGUGUAUCCUUUUCGGUGUCUCAGGCCUCGGAAAAGCAGAACAAUCACGGUUCUGACUUUCAUUUGGAUUGUUGGGUUUAUAGUGGCUUUUGCUCCACUCAGCAAUAAGGAAUUUUUCAGAAACUACUACGGCACGAACGGAGUGUGCUUUCCACUUCACUCAGAGGACUCGGGAAGUACGGGAGCCCAGAUCUAUUCCGUGGUGAUUUUUCUUGGUAUCAACCUGGUGGCGUUCGUCAUCAUCGUGUUCUCCUACGGCAGCAUGUUUUACAGCGUCCACCAGAGCGCCAUCACAGCGACCGAGAUCCAGAAGCAGGUGAAGCGGGAGAUGAUCCUCGCCAAGCGCUUUUUCCUCAUCGUCUUUACUGAUGCGCUGUGCUGGAUCCCCAUCUUCAUCCUGAAAUUUCUUUCACUGCUUCAGGUGGAAAUCCCAGACACUAUCACCUCCUGGGUGGUGAUUUUUAUUCUGCCCAUCAACAGCGCUUUGAACCCAAUCAUCUAUACUUUGACCACCAGACCUUUCAAGGAAAUGAUCCAUCAGCUCUGGUACAAUUACAGGCAAAGGAGGUCUGUGGACAGAAAAGAGACUCCAAAGGCAUUUGCUCCCUCAUUCAUCUGGGUGGAAAUGUGGCCCGUGCAAGAGAUGCCCACUGAGUUCAUGAAGCCAGGGGUUUUCACAGACCCCUGCAAUCUGUCACUAGUUUCUCAGUCAUCUCGACUCAAUUCUUAUUCAUAG